AUGGCUGGCCUCUUCGGUGCAGGCUCCACGAGCUCUGCCUCGAACCCCACCCAGGGCGACACGUCCAAGGACGUACCCGUCACCCUUCCGGGCAACAUCGACUCGAUCAGUGAAAUCGCCUUCUCGCCUAACCACGAUAUUCUUGCCGCCUCGUCCUGGGACGGAGGCGUCUACGUCUGGCAGAUCGACAACACUGGCCAGAGCAAUCCCGCGACUUCGUUCAAGUUCGACGCGCCCGCGCUAUGCUGCACCUGGGCUACGGACGGAUCCUGCAUCAUUGGUGCUGGCGCUGAUAAGACUGCCAAGAGGCUCGACCUCCAGGGCGGCUCUACGGCCACUGUGAUCGCGCAGCAUGACCAGCCGAUUCGUAGCAUUAGGACGACGAACAUCUCCAACACCAACGUGCUUGUCACUGGUUCUUGGGACAAGACGAUCAAGUACUGGGAUAUCCGCGCCAGCAAUGUGGCGCCUGUCAUCACGGUCAAUGCCCAAGAGCGCGUCUACACCAUGGACGUCAAGGAUAAGCUGCUGGUCGUCGGCACUGCUGAUCGCUACAUCGACAUCAUCAACCUCGACAACCCGAACCAAUUCUACAAGACCAUGCAGAGCCCGCUCAAGUGGCAGACAAGGGUCGUCAGCUGCUUCACUGACGCGACGGGUUUUGCUGUUGGCAGUAUCGAGGGCAGAUGUGCCAUUCAGUACGUGGAGGAGAAGGACGCUUCCCUCUCUUCAAAGCAUGACAAGGUCAUGAAAUACCUUGAAAAGUCUAAGUGGAGCGAGAAGGCCUCUGACACCAAACGCAGCUCCAACUUCUCGUUCAAGUGCCACCGCCAAACCGAUACUACGCAACGCGAUGUUGCUAAGGUCUACUCGGUCAAUGCCAUCUCCUUUCACCCGCAGCACGGCACCUUCAGCACUGCUGGUAGUGACGGCACUUUCCACUUCUGGGAUAAGGAUGCCAAGCACCGCCUCAAAGGCUACCCGGAGGUCGGCGGCCCCAUUACCUCGACUGCUUUCAACUCGACCGGCACCAUCUUUGCCUAUGCCGUUUCGUACGACUGGAGCAAGGGCUACGCGCACAACAACCAGAGCGUCCCGACCAAGAUCAUGUUGCACCCCGUCCAAACUGAAGAAUGCAAGCCGCGUCCUGGCAGCAAGAAGCGGUAA